GUUGGAAUUUGUGUUUGAUUGUGUUUCUUGUUGGGGGUUAUGUUGGAAUAACCGGAACAUGACGUCACUGUUCACGUUGUCAUUUCGCCUCGUCAGCACUAGCCCAUCAGUGUGCUCUCAGGUACUAUGCAACAUUUUCUUGUCCACUGUUUCCGGGGGUUACAAUGAAGGACAACCCCUCAAAAGGACAUCCAAUAUUAAUGUUGCUCUCCAAGAUACUGUUGGUUGCCAAUUGUUUAUAUUUUGAAUUCAUUCAAGUCCGUGUUGAAUUUCCCGAAAUUCGUGAGAGAACAGGGUGAACAUGAAAUAUUUAUUGGUCCAACAUGGGCUAGGGCGCAAACUCAACCCAGCGGUAACGAAGUUUUGACGUAAAAUCCUCUACAUGCAGGAAGAGAUAGAGAAAAUGACAAUUGCUGAGCUUUUAACUAUGGGCGUUUGUCCGUACGUGUGUGCGCCUGUUUUACUCGCAGUUACCCUUAUCCGUUGUACCAGCAAAAUCAGUUUUAACUCAUUUGUCUUACAAAACACUCGUCUCUCCUUAGUAACGAAUACGUUUUAAUUGCAUUAAAGAUUUCACAAAAAAGAAUAUAUAGAAAAGUUAAUAGAAAAAAAAGGAUCUGAAUUGUUAAAAAAAGGAAAAUCGGGUUUGUCCCUUCGCACAUUUCUAUAUGGACGUGUUUAGUGACCAAAUUGAAAAAAGCAACGACAAAAUUGUCCAGUGCAAAAUUUUUCACUUUUCCAUGGAAGAAGAAUAAUUACCAAAUAUGUCUGUGAAAAGGAAAAAUGUGUGUGCAUGUCUCUGUGUGUGUGUAUUAAAGUGUAACCAAAAGUAAGUGUCUCUCAUUCAGAAAAAAAGAAAAUUCCAUAGAAUUUUCAUAGCAGUGCCACUUUGGUGAUGCAAUAUAAAAAAUAAAAGAAUAGAAAAAAAAAAACAAAGAAAAAGGAUAUAAUGUUAAUAGAUAUAAAACAAAUUAUUAUAAAAUGAUUCUACAAAAAUAAAUAAAUGUAUAUAUUUAUUUUCUGAUUGGAUACCAUAAGUGCUAUAUAUUACCACUGACAUCGAAUUGUUGUAGCUGCGGUCGCUGCUUCUGGUUUCUCUACUGCUGGUGCUAAUUCAUGUUUUCCGUUCGUUAUAUCCAAAGAAACGACAGCAACAGCAAAGAAAUACUCUCAACUCAAAUGCAAUCAUCCCAUCCAUCUGUGUUGGUGUCCAAAGAAAACUCAUGAAUAAAACAUUCGUUUCUUAACUGGAACGACCGACCCACAAGUACGUGAAGCUGGUCGGGAAAUGCAACAAGGAACAGUGCAAAGCGAAGAGAGCAGUGGCAAGUAACAAAAACAAGCAAUAUACAUUUCAUACACGCCAAAGUAAUUAAAAGGCAACUUUAACCCAAUUUGCCUGCAAUACGGCCGUAACAACAGCAAAAACAACAAUACCUACAAUAAGAAUAACAGCAACAACAACAACAACGAUAGAAGCAACAAGAACUUAAAAACUGCAGCUACUCUACAACCAAGAGGGAAAACUCGACAACGACAAGAACAAUAUCAUCAGGAGCAAUAGCAGCAACAGAAGCAGCUAGAAAAACAAUAUAUAAUCGUGGUAAGCGGGAAGUGAUAACGAACGUCCUUUUGCGAGGCCCAGAACGAAGAGUGAGAGAACGGCACCGAAGACGGGCAGCCGGGGAAAAGCAUUUGGGACAGCCUCUGGAGGCCAAAGUGCAUGGAAUUUUCAUGUGAUUUAAGAAGUGAGAACGCGGGCCGAAGCCAGAGAUAACAAAAUGCAGAAGGAAAACAAUACAACAGUGGAGAAUUGCCAAUAUGUGGGGCCAUAUCGUCUGGAAAAAACGCUCGGCAAAGGGCAGACUGGACUUGUCAAAUUGGGCGUACACUGUGUAACCGGGAAGAAAGUGGCCAUUAAAAUUAUCAACCGUGAAAAAUUGAGUGAAUCUGUGUUAAUGAAGGUUGAACGAGAAAUAGCUAUUAUGAAAUUAAUUGAUCAUCCACAUGUCCUGGGCCUAAGUGAAGUCUAUGAAAAUAAGAAAUAUUUGUAUUUAAUAUUGGAACACGUUUCCGGCGGUGAACUAUUCGACUAUUUGGUUAAGAAGGGUCGGCUAACACCGAAGGAAGCGCGUAAAUUUUUCCGCCAAAUUAUAUCUGCAUUAGAUUUCUGCCAUUCACACUCAAUAUGCCAUAGGGAUUUGAAACCAGAAAAUUUACUACUGGACGAGAAGAAUAAUAUUAAAAUAGCAGAUUUUGGUAUGGCCUCACUGCAGCCGGCCGGCUCAAUGCUAGAAACUUCAUGUGGCUCACCACACUAUGCCUGUCCCGAAGUUAUACGGGGUGAAAAGUACGAUGGCCGGAAGGCGGAUGUAUGGUCGUGCGGUGUUAUUCUGUACGCACUUUUGGUGGGCGCAUUACCCUUCGAUGACGACAACUUGCGACAAUUGUUGGAGAAAGUAAAGCGGGGUGUGUUCCACAUACCGCACUUUGUGCCCCCCGAUUGCCAGAGUCUAUUGCGCGGCAUGAUUGAAGUGAAUCCAGAACGGCGACUGACGUUGGCGGAAAUCAAUCGACAUCCCUGGGUAACGGCCGGCGGCAAGGGCGAACUGGAAUUGGAAUUACCUAUGAUGGAAGUUGUUCAGACACAUGUCAUACCAUCUGCCUCGGCUGUGGAUCCUGAUGUUUUAAAUGCCAUCUGUUCCUUGGGUUGUUUUAAGGAAAAGGAUAAACUAAUACAAGAGUUGUUGAGCACAACCCACAACACAGAAAAGGUGAUUUAUUUUUUACUACUGGAUCGCAAACGUAGACGUCCAGCUUUAGAGGAUGACGAUGAAAUUACUCAAAAGUCUCGCAGUGAAUUGGAUUCUGCAGAUCCGCCCCGCAAACGUUUGGAUACAUGCCGCAUUAAUGGCACCAAUUCCCCCAGCUAUGGCCAAAUUUCCGAAGGAUCUCCACUGACGCCAAGAAGACAGGCAUUCAAUAGCACACGUAAUCAUCAGCGCCGUUCGCCGACUUCGGUAUCUUCGAUGCGUUCUUCGUCAUAUCACAGUCCAACGAGAUGCAACUCACCCAUUAACUCAGCACAGCAGCAAGCAAAUGUCUUGUCGAGACCUUCAUCGCCUGCUGCCUCAUCAGGACAUGCGUCACGUCAUUCUUCCUAUGGUGAUCGGGAACGAUCAGCUUCUGUCCAUCAUCCACCUAGCGGACGAUCAUCUUCACAUUCGUCGCAGACAUGUGUCGAGGGCCACAGCAAUAGUGGUGGAGGCGGUGGUAGUAGCGGUAGCAGUAACAACACCUCCACCAGUAAUGAGGUUGUGGCUCGGGAAAUUCGAGAGCGAAGGGAAUCGCGCAACGAACGUUCAUCCACAGUGCAAACUAGUUGUGUGCCUGGCAGUCCUGGUGGCAAUUCAGCUACAGUACAUCAAAGGGCCAAUUCGGGACCCACAAUUGCCAUCAGCAUGUUCCACGAUCCAGAAGCAAAUAAUGUUAUGAAUCCUACAACAUCACCGCUGAUGAACAAUAGCACAGCUGCCAUGCCGGGAUCACCAUGCAAUGCACCUGGCGGACAAUUGUGGAAGACUAGGCUUACCAAUAUUAAGAAUAGUUUCUUAGGCAGUCCACGAUUUCACCGUAGAAAACUGCAGGUUUCCGCAGAUGAGGUACAUCUAACGCCAGAAUCAUCACCCGAAUUAACUAAACGUUCCUGGUUUGGUAACUUAAUAACAACUGAAAAGGAUGAAACCUUUACAAUUUUGGUGAAGGGAAAACCCAUUGCCACCGUUAAAGCUCAUCUGAUACAUGCAUUUCUUUCGAUGGCAGAGUUGUCGCACAGCGUGGUUUCGCCAACAUCAUUCCGUGUGGAAUAUAAACGAAACGGCAAUGGUCCAGUCAUGUUCCAAAGACAUGUUAAAUUUCAGGUUGAUAUUAGUGCAAUUUGUAAACAAGGCGAUGUGGCCGAUAUGUUAUUUGCUUUAACAUUUACGCUGUUAUCAGGAAACAUAAGACGGUUCCGGCGUAUUUGCGAACACAUUCAAUCACAGGUGUGUUCGAAACGUUUCCCCGGACCCAAUAGUCCACCAUCGGUAACAACCGUCACGCAGGCAGUGUCGGAAAGUUCAUCAUGCGGUUCGGUUUCGAGUGAGCGACUGUCGUACAAACGCCAGAUUGAAAACGAAGUGGAAAAUGACUCAAUAUUCACAUACAAAUCUGGCAGCAGUCGUCGUUCCUCAGCUACCAACAACAACAAUGCCAAUCCAAUCGAUAUACCCGGAAGUCCCAUUGCGGUGAGAUCCAACUCCGAAUCGGCUGAACAGGAACGCACACGCGAGCUGCAGAGCGAACGUCAGGCGACAACAAUGUCCGGGAGUGCAAUAGCAUGAGAAUUAUUUCUCUGAUUUGGUUAUACGUUUAUGCAACCGGUUUUAUUUCAACAAAUCUCCAAAAUUUUGCCACUACUACUACAACAACAACAACAGCAGCAACAUGAAAUAUUUGUAAACAGCAGCCGCAGCAGCAGCCUUCGUCGCAAAUCCCUAUGUAGCGAAAUCAGCAAAGCCCAUUCGGAUUUUAGUAUUUGAACAUGCAAACGAAAACAGAUAUAUAAUUUAUCAUAUAGUCAAACAUUUAAUCCUAACGCAUGUACGUACUAUCCGAAAUGUCCUUGCAUUUUUAAAUAUGUAUGUAUGUCAUUCAAUGAAAACAAAUAGAGAACAAUGAAACCAAAGAAACAGAAAACCAAUGGCAAAAAGUAACUGCAACCAAAUGAAGCAAUAACAAACAAACAACAAACAUUUAACUCAAUUUCCUUUGAACCUCAGAAUGCAAUAUUAGCAACUUUGGAAAUUCCAAACAAAUAAUGAAAUGAAAAACAAAAUCAUAAAAAUAAUCAUCCCAAGACGAAAACUCUCUGCAUUUAGAACAAAAAUUGUGUUUUCGAAGGCGAUAACGACGACGA